AUGAAUGCAAAUAAGAGUUUACCACCACCGACAAGGCCUAAGAAGCCUUUCCCGAGGCCAAGACCUCACUUUAAGUCAAAAGAAUUUCCUCAGCCACAGAAACCAUCAACAACACAAACACCACUUACCAACGAUCCGUUAUGGCUUGAUUCUUUUGUCCGUGAGGGCGACAACGGUCUCACCGCCACUGGAGCAGAACAGGAGGCUCCAGCUGACGCCGCUGGUUACGUUGAACUCGUGGAGCAUGAGUAUGAUGCUAUAGCUUCAUGCGAUAAACAUUUUGCAAAAACAGUGCCCCUUUCUGCCUUUGCGUACUAUCACCAUAUUGUAUGGUGGUACAAGAUUGCCUUAAUGGCAGCUAAACAUGGCAAGGCAUCACAUGAUCAGCUACAACUCAUUCAGCUGGUCGAAGGGUAUGACACUGUCGUUGGGGCAGGAGCCGCUACGUAUCUCUCCGGACUUGGAGACUUCACAGACGUGAACGGAGUAAAACACAGGAUCGUCGCUUCAGAACCGAAUCGUGACGGUCACUUUGGAGUAUUGGAUCACACCACCCAUGGUGAAUAUGAGACGAAGAUUUCACCACUUGUUUCAGUACACACCGUGUCCGCCGACAUAAGAGCGACACUCCAGCGUCGUGAGCAGUUUGAUUGGUGGGUUGACGACAUUGACGUUGAUUUACCUCAACCAAGACGACCACCACAACAAGUCCCGGCCCCCCCGGCGCACCAGCGCCCCGCACGCGUCAUAAGACCACGCCGUAGAGAGGUCUCACCUCUACCAGAACCCAUGGGAGUUGGCGCACCCAUACCGGAAGAAGUCGAUACGCCAAGUGGCCGAGAUGAAGAAGAAGAUGAGCCACGAUGGCACGCCACACAGAAUCUGCUCGGAUGGCGACUAGGUAGACCGAUGACAAAGACACAGAGCCAACACCUUCUUGAACUUGUUCCGGAUGUUGACAAUCCAUUUUACGACAUCCCAAGAUAUGCUCUAAUUGACGGUCUUUUUGGGUUCGUUUACACACGACUCAGAGAAUGCGCUAGAUAUAAGAACGUUCCAGUGCCACGAAACACGACUGGAAGUGUUGCCCAACAGAUUGCCUGGAAACCAACAAUACCGGUAGUCUCUAGGCACAAAAGAGCUAUCUCUGGACAAGGAAAGGUUGUUUCACGGUCCAUGGUCCCAACCCGUGUCGCACAAGCGGCACGUGUCCUUGUAUAUAGGACCUUUAGAGUGGAGUUCGACGGCGACGAUGAUGAGGAGGCCAAUGCGAUAAAUCCUUGGUCCUGCCUCUGUUCCCAACGCAAAAAAUCCCCCACUCAAAUUAAAAAAGAAAAUGAUUUUAAAAUUAAGCUAAAAGGGAUAUUUGACAUUGCUCAUAAAUAUGCACUAAAAAAUAUUAGUGAGGAGCAGAAGGAAUUUUUAAAAGCACAAAGAUCGCCAGGUCGACGUGGUUUUUUUGAUGAAAGUUCCCAAGACUUGAAUGAAAAUUGUAAUGAAAGGAUGGAACUAGACGAUGAAAAUCCUGACGAGCUUUCAGACACGUGCACCAUUACACUAAGUCAAGAUCUACCGUUAUCGCAAUCAACGAUAACUAAUUCUUAUUUUGAAGCUGAAUUUUUGCAGUCAGCAGAGACUCCGAAAAUUAAUAUCGUAAUAUUUGGUGUCAUAACACCAGAACUUGUUGCUGCGUUAGAUCGCGCAAAUGUGUUCAUCACGGUGCAGGCGUCGAAU